UCCAAAAAUAAAACUUUCCUCAAACUAUCCACAGUUACACCAGCGACGCACAUUAUCCUUCCACCACUGACCAUGGACGCUGAUACAACAGAUACGCAACCGGAACCCGUAUCGCUUUCCUCCGAUCCGCUGUCAAACCAAUUCGGUUCCCUCAAUGACUUAGCCCACGAGCUCGCAUCUCUCCAGGACCUUGCCAACCGCGGCAGCUGGCGCUCGAUCCUCGACAAGGUCGCUCGUGCUCGCUCUCUGGCUCUCCUCACCACUCCUCACGAUCACCUCACUUACCUGGCCUACAACGUCCUCGCUUUCGUAAAACUACGCCGCUUCAAAGACGCUCUCACGGAACUUGAUUCCGUCGACGAUUUCGAUAGCCACCAUUACCGUUACGAAACUUAUCCAAAAAUCUACCCUCAUCGGCACGGUUCUAUGGUUCCUUUCUCUCUCCGAUGGCUCCACGCUGUGAUCCCCUUAAAAUUAGGUAAUCGUCAAGAAGGAUUAGAUCGGUUUUAUAUUUUGCUCGAUUUUGUUCGCGGAAAACUGAAGGAAAAACAAGGUUUUGAUUUUUCAAGUAAAAUUUGGAGAAAUAGAGAGGUUUUUGUUAUGAAUUGGAUAAUUAGUGAGCAUUUGAAGAAUAAAGAGUUCACUAUCUGUUUGGAUUUGAUUAAAGAUUUGGUUUCCCGUGGUAACUUUGAUCCAGUUUUGUUGUCAAAAUUAGGUUGUAUACAGAUGCAAAUUGGGGAUUUAGAAGGAGCAAAGGGUUCAUUCGAGAAGGUAGAGAAAUUGUUGGAGGAGAGAAUUGCUGGUGGUAGUGAUGAGUCCUUGAGCGAGGUUGAGUUCAGGAAUCUUGUGAAUAGGAAUAAGGCAUUGGUGUAUUUGGUUGGGAAAGAUUAUGUGUCGGCAGUGAGGGAGUAUGAGGAGUGCAUUGACAGAGAUCCUAUGGAUGUUGUGGCCAUCAAUAACAAAGCACUCUGCUUGAUGUACUUGAGGGAUUUGUCGGAUUCCAUUAAGGUUUUGGAGAACUCUCUUGAGAGAGUUCCUACAGUAGCAUUGAAUGAGACACUUGUAGUGAAUUUGUGUAGUAUGUAUGAGUUGGCUUAUGUUAAUCAUUCUGACAUUAAGCGGACUCUAAGCAAUUGGAUUGCUCGAGUUGCUCCUGAUGAUUUUGAUUCGUCUUCUACGAGGAUUUAAGGUGGACAUGCAUUUCUUUCAGUUGCCAUAGAUCUAACGGAAGCCGUGGUGAACUUUCAAUUGUAGAAAUCGUAGAACUUAAUAUAAUGCAUUGUCGUUGUACCUAAGUUCUGUGAUUGUGAUCCUGGAACCUUCUUAUGUAGCUGUCAUGGUCCUUCGUCAAACCUUUGGAGGCAUGAACAUCUGAUCCAUCUAGUAUGUUGGGUCAAAGUAAGCAUACAAAUGAGAAUAACAUUUAAAAUGAAUCAUUGAUAUGACAUUGUAUGAUUUUUGAGCAUCUUCUUUAUGAUUUUUACAUGUAGCAAAUAUGAUUGCUACGGAGAUGGUCUGCAUUUUCUAUUCAUUAGCAAGUAGGCUUAUCUUUAUAAGAGUAAAUUACCAUUACCCAUUGAGGUUUUACUUAAUGUAUUAUUAUACCCUGCUUUUCCAAAA